AUGAUUGAUCAAUUACCAUUAAUAGUUAUCAAAAAAAUAGUUGUUAGUUAUGAUCUCUCAGUGUUAAGAGUAAGAGAUUACAGUAGAUCGUCUUUGAAAUCCUAUAGAUCGAUCUUUGAAUCAUCAUUAUUACUUCGCACCAAUCGAUCAUUCCAAUAUGCAAAUACUCUUGAAAUCAAUGCAAUCGAUCCUGUCACCCACCACAUUUUAAAUGAAGAAAUAAAUAAAAAUGAUCAAGAUUAUAUUGUACUAGCAAAUUUUAAAGAUGCUUAUCAAGAUAUCGAAUAUUACGAACAUGCUUUCGAUGUAUAUUUUUAUGGUAGAUCACUUGUUGAACUUGCCAAUUUCCCGAUUGUCAAGAUGGAUCUAUCAAGAGCAGAUGGUAAUAUGUUAGCUAAUGGAACACUUCCCAAUACUUUAGAGAAACUAUUGGAGUAUCUUCCAGCUACUCUUACUCACUUGAACUUGGGACCAAGACAAGUCGAUGUAAUAAUGCUACACACACCAGACCUCGAUCAAACACCCAUUCUCAAAGUAUUGAUAAACUAUCCAGCUAGUUCUAUAAGUAAGCUACCAACCGGUCCUCUCAACAAUGAUGGUAAAUGUGUCAUUCCUUUAACUGUUAAAACACUUUCCUUCAGUCGAUUCUCUACGAAUUCAGUCGUACUAGAUUCAUCGAUACUUCGGAAUGGACUUAGAGUGCUACAUUUGGGCAAGCAUCUAAAAGGUAUCAAUUUAAAGCCGAAUCAACUACCAAAUACUCUCGAAGAGCUAUACUUUCACAGCGGUUACCUUGGCAAAUUGAAAAAGAAUGUCUUUCCUCAUUCUUUGGAAAUUCUCUCCGUUGAUUGUGAACACUAUCAAGACGCAAUCGAACCAGAUGUACUUCCGCCACAGCUCAGAGAGUUGUAUUUGCUACUGAAAGAAGAUAUACCGUUAAGAGCAAAAUCAUUACCAGCAUCUCUCAAACUAUUGAAACUCUCCAAUUCAUAUUGUACAAAGCUACCUUUUAAUUCGAUUCCUAUGACCAAUACCACUAAAAAUAACAAAAAUAACAAUAAUAACAAUUACAAUAACAUUAUUGAUAAUAUACAUUUAACAAUAGAGGUUGGAACUGAAUUCUUUUCAACAAAUAGAUUGGAAACACUGCCAUAUGGUAUUAAAACUGUUAUUAUUAAUAAUAUUAAUGUAAAAUCUACACUUAGAAGAAUUGGAAACAAUAGUUUUAUAUCAAUCAAUUUCAAUCAAGGUGGAAUCAUCAACUCAACUGAACAACUACAAAAAUUGAUACAGUAA